AUGAAAAAUAGAGUCAUUAUCCAUGAUCAUCUGACUACGAAACCAAGCUGUAACGGGAAUUCUAAAAGCACAAUACAGCUUGAAGAAGAAACAGAUAUAGUCUGAGUUUUCUUUUGGAUAGGGCUGUCGAUUAUUCCUGAUGGAAAAAACAAGAAAUUGGUGAAAUCAACUAUAUUACUUGACAGCUCCCCAAGCAACCCUCAUGAUUUAGGGUGUCUGCUAUUUUGGAGAGAUUUGACCAAACUAACAUUAGUUAGCUUCACCAGCUUCCCUUUUUCCCUCAGGAAGCCCGAGCCAAAAUAAUAUUCAGGCUAUAAUCAAAAACAGUCCUUUGCCGAAGAAGUCGAAGAAAUAACCUCCUUUCUCUCAACCUCCCAUGGGAGCAUUCAAACUUUACUAGACCAAUGUAGAAAAGCCACUGAUGAAUACCAAAGUUUAAGAAGGCAGCUGAAUCAUUUAAAAUUCACCAAAGACCUAAACGAAGCCACAAAAGAUGUGAAAAUCGGGCUGGUAUUUUAUAAUUAGCUUCAUGAAACAAUUAACAAAAAAACUGAGGAAGUUAAGAUGAUGGCACGCGAAAAGAAAAGGGUCGAAAAAGUGCUUAAAAAUACAGAAAAAGCAAGAAAAGACCUGCAUACAGAACUUAGAAAUAAAGAAACCCUAAUAAGGGAUCUUGAACAGGUAAAUAAUAAAGAAACAAUUUCUUUAGCGAAUUUGUAUUAUGAGGUCACACUUGCAGCUCAUAAGCUGGCCCAAAGCGAAAAAAAAGCUGACAGACUUGAAGAUUAUAUUAGAACCCAUUAUAAAAAUAAAAGAUAA